CGUCAACUCCCUCUACACACUACCUCAACAUCGAACUCCAACAUCAUGGCGCCUGCUACGAGCACGCCUCCGCCUACGGCCACUGCGCCCAACUUGAGGGCCCGAGAUGACCUCAACUCUACCUGGACUUACCUGCAGAGCAACCUGGAGAAUGUCAUGACUAAGUUGCAAGAGGGUCUCGACAUGAAGACUUAUAUGGGUGUCUAUACCGCAGUCCAUAACUUUUGCACUUCUCAGAAGGCCACUCCUCAGCCUCAGAAUGCCUCGUCCUCCCUCAGUCAGCAGCAUCGUGGUGCUCACCUCCUCGGCGAAGAACUCUACCAACUCCUUGGCCAAUACCUCACCGAACACCUUCGCGAAGUCCUCAAGAACUCCGAGUCACACACCGAUGAAGCCCUCCUCACAUUCUACAUCCGGGAAUGGAAGCGUUACACCGACGCGGCGAAAUACAACAACCACCUGUUCAGAUACCUGAAUCGCCACUGGGUCAAGAGAGAGAUUGAUGAGGGCAAGAAGAAUGUCUACGAUGUCUAUACUCUGCACUUGGUCAAAUGGAGAGAUGAUUUCUUCAAGGCCGUUGAGUCCAAAGUCAUGGACGCAGUUCUUCGCCUUGUCGAGAAGCAACGAAAUGGCGAAACCAUUGAUCAGAUGCAGAUCAAGGCUAUUGUUGACUCUUUCGUCUCGCUCGGUUUGGAUGAGCUUGACAGUACCAAGCCCACCCUGGACGUCUACCGCCUCUACUUUGAACGACCUUUUAUCUCCGCCACGAAAGAUUAUUACAAUAACGAGUCGAGACGAUUUGUUGCUGAAAACAGCGUGGUUGAAUACAUGAAGAAGGCCGAGGCCCGACUUGAGGAAGAGAAGGAGCGGGUCAAUAUGUAUCUGCACCCGGACAUCAUGAAGAAGCUCAUGGAGACCUGCAACGAAGCUCUGAUCAGCGCCCACUCCGUCCUUCUCCGAGAUGAGUUCCAAAUCCUCCUUGACAAUGAGCGCACUGAAGAUCUGGCCCGGAUGUACAAGCUGUUGUCUCGAAUCAAAGACGGCUUGGACCCUCUCCGCAAUCGCUUCGAGGUUCAUGUUCGCAGAGCUGGCACGGCGGCGGUCGAGAAGGUUGCUGCUAACGGCGACAACUUCGAGCCCAAAGUCUAUGUCGAUGCUUUACUCGAAAUACAUGGCAAAUACCAACAGCUCGUCAACGUGGCCUUUAAUGGAGAGUCAGAGUUUGUACGAAGCCUUGACAAUGCCUGCCAGGAGUUUGUCAACCACAACCAGGUUUGCAAGAACAGCACCACCAGAUCCCCCGAGUUGCUGGCCAAGUAUGCCGAUCAGCUGCUCAAGAAGGGUGCCAAAGCGGCAGACGAGUCCGAACUUGAAGAGCUCCUUGUUCAGAUCAUGGUUGUGUUCAAGUAUGUCGAAGACAAGGACGUGUUUCAAAAGUUCUACUCGCGCAUGUUGGCCAAACGCCUUGUCCACACCAGUUCCGUAUCAGAUGAUGCGGAGACUAGUAUGAUCAGCAAGCUGAAGGAAGCUUGUGGUUACGAAUACACCAACAAGCUGCAGAGAAUGUUUCAAGAUGUCCAAAUCUCGAAGGACCUCAACACUGCUUACAAGGAUUGGCAUGAUAAGAUUCUCGAAGACAGUGAGGAGAAGCGUACUGUUGAUUCUACAUUCCAGAUCCUAGGGACUGGCUUCUGGCCGCUGAAUGCGCCCAAUACGCCGUUCGCGCCACCUACGGAAGUCAACAAGGCCAUCGAAUCAUUCACUCGAUUCUACGACCAAAAACACAACGGCCGAAAGCUUACCUGGCUUUGGCAGUUAUGUAAGGGAGAAAUUCGCGCGAACUACAUCAAGAGUCAGAAGGUGCCAUAUACCUUCCAGGUCUCGACUUAUCAGAUGGCCAUUUUGUUAUUGUUCAAUGACACUGACAAGCUUGACUACUCUGACAUCAAAGAGGUUACUAAGCUGACCGAUGAGAACCUCGAGCCUGCGCUCGGCAUUCUCUGUAAAGCUCGCGUUCUCUUGCCCAGCCCAGAAGAUGCCAAAGCUGUUCCCGGUACUAGCUACGCCUUGAAUUACAACUUCAAGAAUAAGAAGGUCAAGAUCAACUUGAACAUCACCGUCAAAUCAGAGCAGAAAACCGAAUCCGAUGAGACCCAUAAGACGAUUGAGGAGGACAGAAAGUUGUUGCUUCAGGCCGUGAUUGUCCGCAUAAUGAAAGGUCGCAAGAAGCUCCGACAUGUUCACCUAGUCGAAGAAGUCAUUAAUCAGGUGAAGAGCCGAUUCCCGCCCAAGAUAUCUGAUAUCAAGAAGAACAUCGAUGCACUUAUGGAGAAAGACUACAUUGAACGUCUUGACAACGACGAAUUGGCUUACAUCGCUUGAGCGGCUGUCGUUGGGCAAGCGAUGUUUCACUCAAGAAUCCUUUGGGGCAAACGAUUCCUACUGGGCAACAUACGAAUAAGUGUUGAUGGCGAUUGAGCGUGAUUCACAUUGGAGUUCAUCUUUACGUUGGCAUGGAGAAAUGGAGUCGACAUAGCUCUUCCGAAAGAGGGGAGCCGAGCCGGGAACGAAUACCCCAGAUGGAACUGGGCAUUACUGUGUUGCAUUGCAUUGCAUGGGGGUUGCCUGUCCACACCACUUCUUCUCUUGCUUUUCUUAUGGGACUGUCCACGCAAUCCGUCUCUGCCGAGAACGCAAGUGUGAGCGAUGGAAACGAGCUGACAUGAUUCACGACGCGUGCACGGAUUGGCGGAGAAGUAUGGGCUUGCCUGUGCUGAGGGGUUGCAGAAGCCGACUUCGAACAGCUACAGGGCCCAUGCCGAGUAAGUCUCUGGCCAAAAUCAGAGUCUUGUGGGCGGCUCUGAAGCGGUUGAAUGUACUUAGAGGACAAGAAAACACAACAAGAUACCAAAGAUAUGAGAAAACA